AUGAGUAACUUCAACCGAGCCAAUUUCGGGGCUCGAAACACAAACAGUCCAACCCAACAAACGGUGAAAAUCCUGAUACUAGGCUGGACUAAUGCUCUGGCGGAAGAUUGUAUCGCCUUUGUGAAAAAGAAGACUAGAGUUCAGGUCACAAACUACCACACCGAACAACAGGUCUUAUACGGAACUGUGAGAAAUAACCAAGAAGCUCAGACGCUCGUACAACAUAAUGGUGUUAGAUUUGCUGGCCAAGGCUUGAAGUUCAAGAUCGAAGAGGCUGGAAAAAAGGAAGAUGGGCCUGCGUUUGUCGUGCUCACCAACCUCAUCAAAAGCCGCUACGAUCCGCAAUCACAGUUUCUUAAUCUUGCGGGCGUAAUCAACGAACCAACAGUGCAAAGUAUCGGCUUUUUGCAGUCAGCUGGAGCAGCUGCUCGGUUCUUUCCAGCAUUACUACUGGUAGCUGACCAGGCCAAGAUUGAGGUGACCAGUGCAGACUUCUCCAACAACGACAUUUCAGACUUAGAGAGAUUAUCGCUUUUGCCUAAAAACUUCCCUCGCUUGCGCAACUUGUCUUUGCAAAACAAUAGACUUGCGAAUACAAAUGCCUUCGAAAGAUGGAAAAAGAACCUCGUUCAUUUGAGAGAGAUACUCAUUGAUGGUAAUCCGCUAAUGAAUCGCGUUUCACCUGUUGACUUGAGAACACAGUUCAAGAAGAUAUUUCCUCGAUUGAUUGUUCUCAACGGAGAGCUUGUGAGAAACGAGGAGGUGGCAUUGGCCAACCUCAAACUUGCCUUCGAUGCACCCCAGCCCAUAUUUUUCCAAGACUCCGACGUGCAAAAUAUAAGUACCUCGUUUAUUACCAACUUCGUCAGUUUAUGGGACUCAGACAGAACCGCCCUCAUGGGACUAUUCCAACCGCAAUCCCAGUUUUCCUUGCAGGUUGAUAGCACCACGCCACAAGUCGGUAAUCAAGAUCUCCCAGAUUUCGGCUACUAUUUGACUCAUUCGCGUAACUUGUCCAAAGUUCUGGUUCCAAAAGCAAGAAUGUCAAAGUUAGCGAUUGGCGCGGAGCAAAUCUUCAAUUCCUUCAGCCAAAUCCCCAAAACAAAACACGAUCUUGUAAAUAAUCCUUCCGCUUACAGUAUGGAGGCAUAUAAACUCCCUCAGAUGGGUGCCAUCUGUAUCACGCUACAUGGCUCUUUUCAAGAGGUUGCCGCACCAGACAAGACCGAAAAGGUUAACCAUUCCAGUCGCUAUAAAGGCAACAAUAAAAAGCUGCGCCCACAAUUGGGCUCCAAAUCCUUUGACAGAACCUUCAUUGUCGUCCCGGGUGCAAACAACUCAAUGGUUGUUGCAAGCGACAUGCUCUGUUUGCGUGCGCCAGUCGACUCAGAUGCUUUCCAGGGUACUCCAAAUGUUCCCAGUACACCAGCAAUGCCAGCUAGUCCGGCUGCAGCUGUUCCAGGAAGUGUUCCACAUUCCGGUACUGCAACUCCUACGCCAGUAGGUCAGUUCAACAUUCCAGACGAACUCAAGAACACGCUCAAUCCCCUCCAACAGGAGCUACUUGCCAAAGUUCUUGUUGAGACAAAAUUGACCGUUGAUUAUGGCUUGAUGCUAUGUCAACAGAGUAACUGGGACUACCAGCAGUGCGUCGUGAAUUUCUCAAAUUCGUCAGGAUCAUUACCUCCAAACGCGUUUGCCUAA